GGGGUUGUAAGGGAAAGGUAAUGGCUGUGGAACUGUUAUACAUGGUAUUUGUGGAAAGGCCACUUCAUGAGGUUUAUGUGCGGUUGGUAAGAAGAGGAGCAAAAGUUCAGCACUGAAGGAGGAAGGCGCAUGAGUGCCAUUGAUAUUGUGGGACAAUGAGGUGUCAUUGUGAAGGCACUGAGCUUAGACUCCAAGGAUUUGCAAGCAGCUCAUGCUCUGACAUAAACCUGAAAAAUCUGACAUUGACUGGUAGGUUUGAAUAUGUAUGCAGAGUUUAUUUUGGGGAGCCUCUGGGAUUUUCCAGAGAACAGAAGGAAAUGUGAAAUUAUCAAAAUGCAGUGGCAACUUUUCACAUUGGCCCAUCCUGUUUGCAUUUAGGUAUUUCAGGGAGACUCCUAUAACAUAAGUAAACGGAGUCAUGUUGUGUGUGUAGUAUUGUACCUCACCCUGCAGCUGGGAAACCAAGUUCCCAACUGUACAACUCCACUUAGCUCUUAGUUCCUUAACCAUGCGCUUGUCCAAAGAAAGACUGGUAGCAUCAGAGCGUCCAAUUUCCAUCUCAGCAGUGCUUGUAGUGGCUCUCUGGUGGCUGGUCCAGUGGCUGCCGCUCAUUGUGGGUGAGCUGAAACAACAUAGGUGGAAGUGCAGGAUGUUUCUGUGGGUAGAGAAGGAGGUGAAAAUUUUCAUUGCCAUUGGAUUGGAUCCAUGACUUUUAUACCAGCUACAGUGUCAGCAUAACCACUUUUUCCCCUGGUGACCUGAAACGACAUGAUGGGAGGUACAGGCUAUUUUGCCUGUAUGGUCAAAUGAGAAUUUGACACUUCUAGAGAAGCAAUUGCCAUCUCCCCAACCUCUGACAUGAGUAAAAAUUAAUUGGACUUGAGUCUUCGUUAUCUGUUCUAAAGCUGUAGCUUCAAGACUAAGGACCUACAACUGUUUCCUAAAGUUCUUGACCAAACGCAGUUUGCUGGGUUCCUAGAGGUUAAGUGUUGCCUAUAAACAACUGGACAGAAGGGUUGAAAUUGUGUGCAUUUGCACACAAUAAGAUUAUGACCCUGCUUAGGGAUGGUCUCCGUAAGUAAUGGCUGUGGUAGCUUUUGCAGGAGGAAGCACAAGGUGUUAGGCUGCUGGUUUUGUGCUGUGUCAGUUUUGUUGUAAUGAUUCAUAGGGCUAGCAGAGCAGUUGUGCUGGCAGGCAGCUUGCAAUCCAUGCCCUGCAGUUGUCUGCGUUUUAGUACGUGGGGCUUGUGAGAAAGAGCCCCAGUCUCUGUUUAAUGCCCUGCACUGUGGGCAAAGCUGAUGUUAACAUGUCCUACUGACCUGAGAGCAGGAUGAGGUGUUCAAUGUUCUAAAAUUUCCUUGUUCUACCUUGUUUUAACUAUGACAGAGAUUUUUCAAGGCUGUCCAAGUGACAUUUGCUUGCUGAAUUUCAAAAAACACUCCUGAUAGCCAAGAUGCAGUGUCCAUUUGAAAGUACUUCCCUUGCCUGGAAAAAUAGAUUGUGGUCCAAGAGACACAUGUCUGUGAUGUGAAUAAACUACUUGCUGAGCCUCAAGUACAGCAGAUGAAAUGCUUGCACAUUCAGAAGCACAGAUAUGGAAAAGGAUUUGGAAUUUUCCCAGUUCUUUCUCUCUUGUAUGAAGAGGUUUACUUCCAGGCUGUGUUUGGAUGCGCUUAUAGUCCUCACUUUGAUUGCUUCUAUUGUUCUGCAAAGGUACCACAAGCUGAUCUGGGGGCCACACAGCAUGACCUCAGGUGAGACAGUCUCCGGAGUCCUGAUUGCAGGGGGUGAAAACGGAAAUGUCGUUCUGUAUGACCCAGCCAAAAUCAUAGCUGGAGACACUGAAGUAGUAAUUGCCCAGAAGGACAAGCACACAGGACCAGUAAGAGCGCUCGAUGUCAACAUGUUCCAGACUAAUCUGGUGGCCUCUGGUGCUAACGAGUCUGAAAUCUAUAUCUGGGACUUGAACAAUUUUGCCACGCCAAUGACACCAGGAGUGAAGACACAGCCUCUUGAGGACAUCAGCUGCAUCGCAUGGAACAGGCAAGUCCAGCACAUCCUGGCAUCUGCCAGCCCUAGUGGCCGAGCUACUGUGUGGGAUCUCAGGAAGAAUGAACCCAUCAUCAAAGUCAGUGACCACAAUAACCGGAUGCACUGCUCAGGCCUGGCAUGGCACCCUGAUGUUGCUACCCAGAUGGUUUUGGCCUCGGAAGAUGACAGGUUGCCUGUGAUUCAGAUGUGGGACCUAAGAUUUGCCUCCUCACCACUUCGUGUUCUAGAAAGCCAUACAAGGGGUAUAUUGGCCAUUGCUUGGAGUAUGGCGGAUUCGGAGCUGCUACUUAGCUGUGGGAAGGAUGCUAAAAUUCUCUGCUCUAACCCCAGCACGGGCGAGGUGCUGUAUGAGUUGCCUACGAACACACAGUGGUGCUUUGAUAUCCAGUGGUGUCCCAGGAACCACGCUGUUUUGUCUGCAGCUUCCUUUGACGGGCGGAUCAGCAUUUACUCCAUCAUGGGAGGCAGCAUUGAUGGCUUGAGGCAGAAGCAAGUUGACCAGCUUUCAUCAUCUUUUGGAAACCUCGAUCCAUUUGGUACAGGACAGCCCCUCCCACCCCUGCAGCUUCCCCAGCAGACUGCCCCACAGAGUGUCAUUUUACCCCUAAAGAAACCACCCAAAUGGAUCCGGCGACCUGUGGGAGCAUCGUUUUCGUUUGGAGGCAAGCUGGUUACAUUUGAGAAUGCCAAGUCUCAGCAGCAGCCAGGCAUUGAGCAGCAGCAGCAGUGUCACCAUGUCUAUGUGAGCCAGGUUGUUACAGAGAAGGAUUUCCUGGCCCGCUCGAACCAGCUGCAGGAGGCUGUGCAGUCCGAAGGCUUUGUCAACUACUGCCAGAAGAAAAUUGACAUGGCCCAGGCUGACUUUGAGAAAAACGUGUGGGCCUUCUUAAAGGUGAACUUUGAAGAAGAUUCACGUGUUAAAUACCUUGAGCUCUUGGGAUAUAGGAAAGAUGAUCUGAGGAAGAAGAUUAUGUCUGCUGUGAAUACAGAAGGCCUUGCAGAUGGUGAUUUGGGAGAGGCUUCCACAGAAUCUGAUGAAUCUGAGCCAAACAAGGGGGAUGAAGGCCAAGCUACAGAGGACCAGUUCUUGGGAGAGAAGGUGAAGGACCAUAAACAAGAAACUGAAGAUUUGGGAUCUGCAAAGAAGACAUUUAACAUCUCUGUUAGUGGAGAUGUGGACGGUUUGAUUACCCAGGCUUUGCUGACGGGUAACUUUGAGAGCGCAGUAGAUCUCUGCUUGCACGAUAACCGUAUGGCCGACGCCAUUAUCUUGGCCAUCGCAGGCGGACAAGAGCUGCUUUCUAAGACACAGAAAAAGUACUUUGCCAAGAUGCAGAGCAAAAUUACCAGGCUCAUCACUGCAGUGGUAACAAAGAACUGGAAAGAGAUUGUGCAGUCUUGUGAUCUUCAGAAUUGGAGAGAGGCUCUGGCUGCUGUGCUCACUUACGCCAGGCCAGAUGAGUUUGCAGCCCUUUGCGAUCUCCUGGGUAACAGGCUGGAGAGUGAGGGGGACAGCCUUCUGCAGACACAAGCUUGUCUUUGUUACAUUUGUGCCGGCAACGUGGAAAAACUUGUUGCUUGUUGGACCAAAGCUCAGGAUGGAAACAGUCCCUUAUCCCUUCAGGAUUUAAUAGAGAAAGUUGUAAUCCUGCGCAAAGCUGUGCAGCUCACCCAGGCUGUGGACCCUAAUGCUGUGGGGGCCCUUUUGGCUGAGAAGAUGAGCCAGUAUGCCAACCUCCUGGCUGCCCAGGGUAGCAUUGCUGCAGCUUUGACCUUCCUCCCUGCGAACACCAACCAGCCAAACAUCAUGCUGUUACGGGACAGGCUUUGCAGAGCCCAAGGGGAGCUUCCAGUGGGACAGGAGGCCCUCAAGGCACCAUACGAGAGACAGCCCAUGCCUAAAGGACGAGCUGGCCCUGUGGCUGGACAGAUGCAAGGGCCCCAGGCUCCAGCCCAGCAAUAUUACCAACAGGUUAGAAUUGCCCCUACUGUCACUACCUGGAGUAACAAAACUCCUACUGCCCUUCCCAGCCAUCCUCCUGCAGGCUGUCCCUCUGACACACAGGGAGACAACCCACCUCCUCCAGGGUUUAUCAUGCCAGGUGCCAUUAACCCCAACGUGACACCGCAGCAAGCCACCUCUUCCAGUUACAGCAUGUAUUCACAAGCAGGGGCCCGGCCAACGUACCCACAGACGUAUCAGGCCACACAGCAGUACUCUUGUGGAACAGGGGGACCAGCUGUCUAUCAGCCUCAGCAGCCUGUUGCUGUCCCUGCUUCAGCUUCUUACCUGAACCAUGCCCCUAACACUACCCCUCUCUACCUGCCCUCUGCCCCUGCCCACUCUGUGCCCUCCCCGCUGUACCCCGGGCAGCCUCAACCCUCCCCAACAAGCCUGAAUCCCAUCUCUUCCUUCCCUCUUCCUCCUUCUGGCGCAUCCUUUCAGCAUGGACUUCCAGCAACUUCUGUGGCUUAUGCAUUACCUUCUGGACCAACAGGUACUCUGCCUGCAACCAGUGACCUUCCUGCAUCCCAGAGAACAGAAAGCCUACCAACUCAAGACCAGGCCUGUCCCUUCACAGGGCCACAGAAUGGCUGGAACGACCCUCCUGCUCUGAAUAGAGCUGCCAAGAAGAAGAAGGUCCCUGAUAACUUCCUGCCCCCAGUUCCCAUAACCUCUCCCAUCAUGAACCCGCUGGCGGAUCCACAGUCUCAGAUGCAGCAGCCUCCAGCUCCAGCACCACCCACGGGUGCACCCAGCUUCCAGCCUCCAUACCUCCCCACAGGGCAGCCAGUGCUGCAGGGUGGCUACCCACCUGCUCCCCAGCCCCUGGGGCAAUCCAUCAUGCCACCCGCUGUUUCCAAACCCAGCACGGAGGGGGCUCCUGGGGCCCCAAUCGGCAAUGCCAUCCAGCAUGUGCAGGCACUGCCAACAGAGAAGAUUACCAAGAAGCCCAUCCCUGAGGAGCACCUUAUUCUGAAGACUACAUUUGAAGCUCUUAUCCAGAGGUGCCUGCUGUCUGCCUCUGAUCCGCAAACAAAGAGGAAACUAGAUGAUGCAAAUAAACGCCUAGAGUUUCUAUAUGACAAACUUAGGGAACAGACACUCUCUCCAACCAUCAUUAGUGGUUUGCACAACAUCGUGAAGAGCAUUGAAACCCGCAAUUACCAGGAAGGACUGAACAUCCACACGCACAUAGUCAGCACCAGCAACUUCAGUGAGACCUCUGCUUUCAUGCCUGUUCUGAAAGUUGUCCUCACCCAGGCCAAUAAGCUGGGUGUCUGAAGUAACCCUGCAUUUGCAAAGCCUUGACGGUUGCUUUUCCAAAGAAGUGCAUUUCUACAGCAAACAUGCAGGAUACGGACCAAAUGCUAGUCCUUACGGCAUGUUGCAGUAGAGUGCUGACAAAUGGCAUUACACUCUCCCUGCAAAAUACUUUGUUCUAGGAGGGCCAUGGAGCCCUGGUGCUUUUCUUCUUAUUUUAAUGCUGUUCCUGUCCCUAAUGAUUCUUCUCUACAAAUAGUAUAUUUAAUGGAUGAUGGCCCCAUAUUGUCAAUUUUUAGAUGCAUGUUAUACUGCUAAACAGUGGCUUUUAAUAACAGAUAUACAUAUUAAAACAAGAUAGGUUGUGUAUCAGACCCUAAAACAGAUUAUUCCCUUCCACCCCACUGUUCCUUAUCCACCAGAUUAAAGAGUCUGAUUGUAUUGUAAGUGUAUUUGGUCUUUCAUUU